CAACACAAUCGCCAUCUUGACAGCACCCUCAAAAUGGCAGUAAGAUGUGAGCUAGAAACCGAGUCCAAACUAAGAUUCCUGCUCUCUGCGUUUUAAAAUCAGACUCGACAGUUUUUCCAUAAACGAGUGGUUAUGGGGUUGGUGCCCUGCGCGGCAGCAAAGAGCCUGUAAAAUGGACAUACCGACGGCGGUUUUCAACGCGGCCAGAGAUGGUAAGCUGAAACUUAUCCAGAAGUUGCUGAGCAACAAAACUCCAGAGGAGCUGGAGGCUUUAGCCGAGGAGAAGACACAGGGUGGCACCCCGCUGUUGAUAGCCUCUCGAUACGGACACUUAGAGGUUGUAGACUACCUCCUGGAGCACUGUAAAGCAAAUGUUGAACUCGGGGGGGCGGUUAACUUUGACGGCGAGACCAUCGAGGGGGCUCCGCCGCUGUGGGCAGCCUCGGCAGCUGGCCACCUCCCUGUGGUGAAGACGCUCCUGAAACACGGUGCCUCAGUGAACAACGCAACGCUAACUAACUCUACACCGCUCCGAGCUGCCUGCUUUGACGGCCACCUGGAGAUCGUCCGUUACCUGGUGGAGCACAGAGCCGACAUGGAGGUAGCCAACCGCCACGGUCACACCUGCCUCAUGAUCUCCUGUUACAAGGGCCACAAGGAGAUAGCCAAGUUCCUCCUUGACCGCGGGGCUGAUGUCAACCGCAAGAGUGUGAAAGGAAACACUGCCCUUCACGACUGUGCUGAGUCAGGGAGUCUGGACAUCAUGAAGAUGCUGCUCAAGUGCAAUGCUCGCAUGGAGAGGGAUGGAUAUGGGAUGACCCCACUCCUAGCUGCCAGUGUCACAGGUCACACCAACAUUGUAGAGUAUCUUGCCCACCAGCCAAGAACCUCCAGAGAGGAGCGCGUAGACGCUCUUGAGCUCCUUGGGGCAACUUUUGUGGACAAAAAGCGGGAUCUCUUAGGGGCGAUGAGGUAUUGGAGACGGGCCAUGGAGCUCAGGCAGCCAGGGGACAAAGCUGGCUCUCUUGCCAAGCCUCCACCUGGCCCUCCUAUCCCGGCCUACGGCUGUGCACAGGAGGUGAGCAGUGCAGAGGAGCUGGAAGCUUUGAUCACAGACCCUGAUGAAAUGAGGAUGCAGGCACUGUUGGUACGAGAGCGCAUCCUGGGGCCAUCCCACCCAGACACGUCUUAUUACAUCCGCUACAGAGGAGCUGUGUAUGCUGACUCAGGCAACUUUGAACGCUGCAUCAGCUUGUGGAAGUACGCUUUAGACAUGCAGCAGAGCAACCUGGACCCUCUCAGUCCCAUGACAGCUUCCAGUUUCCUGUCCUUUGCAGAGCUUUUCUCUUUUGUGCUACAAGACCGGGCCAAAGGCACCCUGUCUACACGCGUCACCUUCCAUGAUCUGAUGACCGUGCUGGGAAAAAGUGUGAGGGAGGUAGAGAGAGCUGUUGCACAGAGGGAAAACCCUCCUGAGGCUCCUCAGUUCACUAAAGCUCUCUCCAUCAUCCUGCACCUCAUUUUUCUACUAGAGAAGCUGGAGUGCAACCCCGAGCAGGAGCAUCAGAAGAAACACACAGUGUACCGCCUGCUAAAGCUGAACCCUCGAGGUCGCAACGGCUUCACUCCGCUCCACAUGGCCGUAGACAAGGAGACCACAUCUGUGGGCCGCUACCCCGUAGGCCGCUUCCCUUCACAGGCAGUGGCAGCGUUGCUUCUAGAGUGCGGCGCAGAUGUGGAUUCACGCGACAGUGAAAACAACACGCCUCUGCACAUCGCUGCUAAUAACAGUUGUCCAGAGAUUAUGGCACUACUUGUGAAAGCCGGGGCUCACUUUGACGCUACAAAUGCACAGAGGAAGACGGCCUACGAGCUGCUGGAUGAGCAGAGCAGCGGGCACCCGGCCCUCUACCCACUGAACUACGUCACCCUUCAGUGCCUGGCGGCGCGUGCGAUUGAGAAGCACAGACUGCCCUACAGGGGACUGAUCUCUGAGGAGAUGGAGGCUUUCAUUGAGCUGCACUGACUUCCACCCUGAUGAGACGCCCCUGCACUGCUCCUCCUGUUGUCCCUCCUACUUUACUGUGACCUGCCACAGACUUCCUCCUCCACACCAUUCUGCUCAUCUUCGUCUCCUUUUGACCUCUGCUUCGCCCCUGGCCCCACCUACCUUGUGUCAGACCAAACCAUAGCAAUAAACAUCCAGCCUUUGGGCUUAAACUCUGGCUGAGAUCUGGUCAGUUAAUUGCUUGAUUCUAACGUUAAGUGGAAGUGGUUGUUGGUUUCUACUGCUAUUUAAAACAGGGUGAAACUUCACGUUGAUAUAGGCUUUAAUGCAUUUCCCCUCUUUUGGUCCCAGUGAAAAGGAGACUUACAGUAUGAGGGCGCUUGUGCGUUUGGUGGCGGCUGCACUACUGUAUGAAAGACGGGUUUUAGUAUUACUGACAGGAAAGCAUCUGAUCAAACUAGCCGUGCAUGAAAACAGAGAGUGGAUGCGGUAGCUCACUUGUUGUUUUGCAAGUUUGUUCAGAGCGGAAGUGUUUGAACAAGCUCGACCACUCAAACUUGCUCGCUGGCAAUUUUUAGCUGGUUCCGCUUGUUCACACAGUACCAUCUGCUACAUUUUCUUUGAAAUGGGAAGGUGUUUUGAAUUCUCUGUGCCAAAUGUCAGCCGUGGAGCCAUGUUCUGUUACAGACUGUAAACUGGUGGCGAAAUGAAAGCAACUAAUUUAUCCUCCUAAUUAUAAGCAGAGGUAAUAACCAAAAGUGGAGAGGCACAUGAAGAAGAUCAGGAAAUUGAGGAUGAGUGGUAUCCUCAGUGUUUGGCUAACACUCCGCAGUCUUCACAGAGACGUGUUUUACCUAUGCAGUUUGGGAUAUUCCGAUCAGAAGCAACAGCUUUCAAGCAAAAAUUCACUACGUUAACAGGUUUUUUGCAAAGACGGGAUUAUUCUUCAAUUGUACAUGCUUAUCUUAACACUAAUGACUCAAACCUGGCGCUGCCUCUUUGACAACGAAUCCUCUGAAUUCAUGAAUGUUUUCUCAAACUUUUCUGCCUACGUCCGAGUGAACAAUUUCAAACCAGAGCCUAAAGUGUGCCUAUAUCCCUCUACUUCUGGGUAAUGUCAAUAUCAGCUAAGAUGUUUGGUUCAUGUACAAAGACGCAGCAUCAGCUGGAGCAUUUUGUGCUAACAACAGAGCUCAUGCCCUUUUGUUUGUAUUUAUUUGGGAAAAGCCAACUAUCUGAGAUCAUGUGUGAGUUCUGUUUCGGAGUGAAUUUUCCCUUUAACUCUAGAUGCAGUUCACAGAAAUGGAACAGGCCAUUCCUGCAUCUUAGUCUUAUUUUUAAAUAGUCUCUCUUUUGUUUAUCUUGUGUUAUCAUGAAUGUUUUAUCCGUCUUGUCUGUGCUAAGCACCACCAAGUUGAAUGCACGCUGAAAGGCUCUAAAUCCUAAAUAGAAGACUUAACAUUCAGGCUAUGAACUGUCGCUGCCUUUCUCUUUCUCAACUGAUUUGUUUAACUGAUGAUAACUCGAGAACAAAAGUGAGUUGGAGAUACUUGAAUAAAAUUCAGUAUCGCAACAUAA